AUGAAGUUGAUGCGUACAGCGACAACGCUCGCUCUGGUGCUGCUGCUGGCCACCAGCUAUGCCCAGGCUGGCGAGGAGAAGAACGAGGCUGCUGAGAAGACAGCAGCUGAGCCGACGGAGUCAAAGGCCGAGGAGACGGCCGCUGAUGAUGAUACCGCAAAACCGAAACGUGGUCUACACCACUACGAGGAUUAUCAUCAUCAUCAUGUGCCACACUUCCCAGUACAUGAGGAGAAAACACUGACGGUCAUCAAGAAGGUGCCAGUGCCUGUGCCAAUCGAAAAGAUCGUCCAUGUACCCGUGGAAAAGCAUGUGCAUGUGCCCGUGAAAGUCAAGGUGCCUAAGCCAUAUCCCGUGGUCAAGCAUGUGCCCUAUGAGGUUAAGGAGAUUGUCAAGGUGCCCUAUGAAGUGCCAGCGCCAUAUCCCGUCGAAAAGAAGAUACCAUAUGCCGUACAUGUGCCCUAUGAUCGCCCCGUGCCCGUCAAGGUACAUGUGCCCGCACCCUAUCCGGUUGAGAAGAAGGUUCAUGUGCCAGUCAAAGUACAUGUGCCAGCACCCUAUCCAGUCGAGAAAAUCGUCCACUACAAUGUAGAGAAGAAGGUGCAUGUCGACAAGCCCUAUCCGGUCGAGAAGAUUGUCCAUUACCCAGUCAAGGUGCCCGUCGAUAAGCCAGUGCCCUACCAUGUGGACAAGCCAGUGCCCCACUAUGUGGACAAACCUGUGCCAGUGCCCGUUAUCAAGAAGGUGCCUGUGCCCGUGCAUGUGCCCUAUGAUCGUCCCGUGCCCGUGCAUGUCGAGAAACCAGUGCCCUAUGAGGUGAAAGUACAUGUGCCACAGCCCUAUCCAGUGAUCAAGGAAGUGCCCUAUAAGGUUGAGAAACACGUUCCGUACCCCGUCAAGAUUCCGGUGGAGAAGCCCGUGCAUGUGCACAUUGAGAAGCAUGUGCCCGAGGUUCAUGAGAAGCACAUUACCUACAAGGAGCCAGAGUUUGUGCACAAGCACAUCGAGGAGGACCACCAUUAUCAUCAUCAGGAACAACAUCAUGAACCUAUCCAUCAUCAUUCAUCAUAUUCGGCACCCAUUGAGGAGCAUCAUGAGCAUGAGCAUGAGCAUUGAAAAAUCGGUUAUGAACGGCAACGGUUAUGAAUGGAUAUAUAGC